AUGAAUUAAUGUUGUACAAUAGGUGAUCAUGGAGUUAAUGUAGAAUUUAUUUGUUUGAACUAAUCUUGUAGAGAUUUAAGAGUAUUUUGCUUUAAAUGUUUAUAAAAUGAGAAACAUAAUUUACAUAUGAAGGAUGUACAUAAAUUAAGAGAUUAUGGGAAAUUAUUUGAGAAUAAUAAUUAAAGUAAUGUAUUUGAAGAUCUUGAGAGAAAUAUAGAUUAUGUUAAUACAUUAUUUAAAUGGUUAAAGGAUGAAAUGUUUAAUUCAAAUAGUUUAAAUUAAGAAGAGAUAGAAUAUUUAAAUAUUGAAUAGCUACAUGAUUAUAUAUGUAGUUUUAUUUAAAUGUAAAGUUAGAAAUAAUCAAUAUUGGGAAUAAUUUAAAAGAAUGUAGAGAAUUUAAUAUAGACAUUAAAUAAUUGUAUAAGUGAUUUAGAAUUUUCUGCAAUGGGUAAUCCAGGUAAGAAGAUUAAAUCAGAAUUAAGUAAUAUAAAUUAUGAUUUAAUAAAUGAAAGUGAAGAAUAAUAAAUAAAUUCAAUAGCAUUUAAUUUGGAUUCUAGAAUAAUGAUAGCUGGUUAUGAAUCAAGUACAAUAAAAGUAUUUGAUUUUAUAGAUGGUGAAGUUAAAUUAAAUUAAGAGAUAAAGCUUCAUAAAAAAAGCAUUUAUUGUGUUUAUCAUAUGAAAAAGACAAAAGAGUUUAUAUCAGGAAGUUGUGAUAAAACAAUAAUAAUAUUUUAAUAAGGAGAUGAUCAAUAAUGGAAUUUAAAAUAAUAAUUAGAAGAACAUUAAGGAGGAGUAAAUUGUUUAGUAGUAAAUAAGGAUGAAGACACAAUAAUAUCUGGAAGUGAUGAUACAUUAAUUAAAAUAUGGACAAAAGAUAAUGAUUAUUGGACAUGUCAUUAAACUAUUAUAGGACAUUAACAUUAUAUAAGUUGUAUAAGUUUAAAUGAAACAGAAAACUAAAUUAUAUCAUGUUCUAAACAUCCAUAAAUUUUAAUACAUUAAUAAGAAAUUAAUAGUAAAGUUUGGGUAUUAUUAUAAACAAUUAAUGUAAGUACUUGGGGUAGAAGACUUUGUUUUAUUAAUGAUGCUAUAUUCACUUUUUAACCUGAAAGAAAAGAGUAAUUACAUGUUUAUGAAUUUAAUUCUAAAAACAAUUAAUUUUAAUUAACUAAAACUAUACCUGUUGAAAUUGGUACUUGUAGAAUUAAAAAAAGAGGUUGUUUUUGGUUUUUCCCUUAAUAAUUUAUUAAAGAAAAAUAAAUCUUGGUUAAUAAAAAUGAAUGUUCUGUUAAUUUAAUACUCGUUAAUUAAGAUGGUUAAUUUAUUACUAAAUAAUCUAUUGAUUAUUUUACAUCAGGAGUUUUUGGUAGAAUGACAGAUGAUGGUUAAUUUUUAAUUACAUGGGAUGAUAUAAGUAGAAAACUUUAAAUAAGAUAAUUGAAGUAAUGA